GUCAGUAGCACUCAAAAGUGUCGUCUCUUUGAGGGGGAAGAGAGAGAGAGAGGACAUUGGCGAGAUCUUGGGAGAUGGAGGGCGAGGAGAACCGGAGGGAGCAGACGCCAGGGAGCGCGAGCCAUGGAGGUGGGAAGGUGUGCCACCGGUGCGGGUGGGUGUACCCCAACCCGCACCCCAGCAAGAAGCACCGGACGGCCCACCGGAAGCACUGCAGCGCGGCGGCCCCGGGGCUGUCGGAUGGAGCCGCCGACGUAGCCGCAGCCGUGGAGGUGAAGAAGGCGCCUCCUGAGCAGCUCUCCGAUGAGGACCCGAGGAAUGUGUCUGGAGAGGAGGUGGUGGAGGAGGAACCAAAGCCGGAGGGGGAAAAAGGGAGAGGAAUGGACCAAUCUGGAGUAGACGUCGAAGAACCGUGUAAAGGUGCGAUCUUGGAGGCUGGCGCCGCCGAUUAUUCUCCCGAAUCAGAUGCUUCAUGUCAUGGCAACAAGGUUCCGAGUUCUGAUGUGGAAUCAACGGCAAGUCAACUGGAUGACACAAUGCACUUGGACAACGAUUCAGUCACAUGCCGAGGUGAUAAGGUCUGUACAAUGGAAGGGACGGAUAGUUCAUCUGAGUCCCCUUUGACCAAAGGAUUUUGCCUAGAUGCUUUGAAGGAGGAAAUGGAUAAUGCUGCAGUUCAAAAUAUGGUAGAUAGUGCUACUGUUGAAGAUAAUAUAAUCAUUGGAAACUAUGUAGAAGACAAAUUAGAUAUGCAGAUUCCUGGCCCGCAGAUCCUACCUCAUGGUUCUUGUGCUAAUUCCUCGCUGACAGACUCUGAGUUUCAGAGGAUAGACAAAUCCAUGGAGUUUAGCAUUAUUGUAGAUCAAGCAAAUGCAAUAACCACACUGAUUUCUGGUCUUCCUGAUGAGGUUUCGGCAAAUACAAUGGAAUUUGAAUCAGUCAUCUGCACUUCACCAGAUGAGAAGACUGAUGUUGCAGGACAAAUCUCCCAAGUUCAACCAUUCUGCAAUGAUGGGCCAUCCAUGGGGUUUAGCAUGAUUGUAGAUCAAGCAAAUUCAAUAACCACGCUGAUUUCUGGUCUUCCUGAUGAGGUUUCGGCAAAUACAAUGGAAUUUGAAUCAGUCAUCUGCACUUCACCAGAUGAGAAGACUGAUGUUGCAGGACAAAUCUCCCAAGUUCAACCAUUCUGCAAUGAUGGGCCAUCCAUGGGGUUUAGCAUGAUUGUAGAUCAAGCAAAUUCAAUAACCACGCUGAUUUCUGGUCUUCCUGAUGAGGUUUCGGCAAAUACAAUGGAAUUUGAAUCAGUCAUCUGCACUUCACCAGAUGAGAAGACUGAUGUUGCAGGACAAAUCUCCCAAGUUCAACCAUUCUGCAAUGAUGGGCCAUCCAUGGGGUUUAGCAUGAUUGUAGAUCAAGCAAAUGCAAUAACCACACUGAUUUCUGGUCUUCCUGAUGAGGUUUCGGCAAAUACAAUGGAAUUUGAAUCAGUCAUCUGCAUUUCACCAGAUGAGAAGACUGAUGUUGCAGGACAAAUCUCCCAAGUUCAACCAUUCUGCAAUGAUGGGCCAUCCAUGGGGUUUAGCAUGAUUGUAGAUCAAGCAAAUGCAAUAACCACGCUGAUUUCUGGUCUUCCUGAUGAGGUUUCGGCAAAUACAAUGGAAUUUGAAUCAGUCAUCUGCACUUCACCAGAUGAGAAGACUGAUGUUGCAGGACAAAUCUCCCAAGUUCAACCAUUCUGCAAUGAUGGGCCAUCCAUGGGGUUUAGCAUGAUUGUAGAUCAAGCAAAUGCAAUAACCACACUGAUUUCUGGUCUUCCUGAUGAGGUUUUGGCAAAUACAAUGGAAUUUGAAUCAGUCAUCUGCAUUUCACCAGAUGAGAAGACUGAUGUUGCAGGACAAAUCUCCCAAGUUCAACCAUUCUGCAAUGAUGGGCCAUCCAUGGGGUUUAGCAUGAUUGUAGAUCAAGCAAAUGCAAUAACCACACUGAUUUCUGGUCUUCCUGAUGAGGUUUCGGCAAAUACAAUGGAAUUUGAAUCAGUCAUCUGCACUUCACCAGAUGAGAAGACUGAUGUUGCAGGACAAAUCUCCCAAGUUCAACCAUUCUGCAACGAUCCAUCCAUGGGGUUUAGCAUGAUUGUAGAUCAAGCAAAUGCAAUAACCACACUGAUUUCUGGUCUUCCUGAUGAGGUUUCGGAAAAUACAAUGGAAUUUGAAUCAGUCAUCUGCACUUCACCAGAUGAGAAGACUGAUGUUGCAGGACAAAUCUCCCAAGUUCAACCAUUCUGCAAUGAUGGGCCAUCCAUGGGGUUUAGCAUGAUUGUAGAUCAAGCAAAUCCAAUAACCACACUGAUUUCUGGUCUUCCUGAUGAGGUUUUGGCAAAUACAAUGGAAUUUGAAUCAGUCAUCUGCACUUCACCAGAUGAGAAGACUGAUGUUGCAGGACAAAUCUCCCAAGUUCAACUAUUCUGCAAUGAUGGGCCAUCCAUGGGGUUUAGCAUGAUUGUAGAUCAAGCAAAUGCAAUAACUACACUGAUUUCUGGUCUUCCUGAUGAGGUUUCGGCAAAUACAAUGGAAUUUGAAUCAGUCAUCUGCACUUCACCAGAUGAGAAGACUGAUGUUGCAGGACAAAUCUCCCAAGUUCAACCAUUCUGCAAUGAUGGGCCAUCCAUGGGGUUUAGCAUGAUUGUAGAUCAAGCAAAUGCAAUAACUACACUGAUUUCUGGUCUUCCUGAUGAGGUUUCGGCAAAUACAAUGGAAUUUGAAUCAGUCAUCUGCACUUCACCAGAUGAUAAGACUGAUGUUGCAGGACAAAUCUCCCAAGUUCAACCAUUCUGCAAUGAUGGGCCAUGCAAUUUGGAGAUUACUGAUGGUGAACUCUUUGAGACUCCUACUCAUUUAUCAGCAUGUGGUUAUCAGAUUGCAUUGCCUGCUAACUCACCAGUAAAUGGAAAUGACCCGGAGUAUCCGCAUUCAUUACCAAUAUCAUCAAACAUGCUUUUGGUUGAAUCUACCAAGGUGAAAAUUGAGUCUCUUGAAGACUCUGGGUUGGUGGAACCUGAUCUUACAAUUUGUGCAAAUGCUGAAGCAGGAAGCAACAUAGGUAGACAUGUGAUUGAUGAGUUGUCAGUUGUAGAAUCAGAUAAAAAUGCCAAAAGUAUUUCUUCAACCUUGCAAGUUAAUGUCAAUGAGAUGGAAAGGGAUGAGUCAAAAGAUGAACGCAACUGUCAGGACAUGAACAGUGAUAGGUCUCAGGUGGUCAAUGAAUUUGAAUUUGAAGUUGGGGCAUCAGCGAAUAAGUUUGAAGGUCCGAAAGGAGAAUCAGAUUGGCUUAAAACACCUGAACAAGUUCCAAGUGUAAACAAGGCAAUGGAUUUAGAUGAUCGAGUACCUAAUUCAUGUGAAACUUGUAACCUGUACAAAGGAAAGGGUACCAACCUAUCUCAUGAAGGAAUCUCAGCUGAUAAUUUGAGGGUUGCAGAUUCUGCUGUCUCGCUUUCUGGUAUGAGCCAAUUUAGUGCAACAUCUGAAAUAAGUAAUAAUAGUCAAAUUGUUAGACAAGGAACAACAGAAAUAAACAUUGAUGCUCUGGUUGAGGAUAAAAAUCUUGAAAUGUUUAAAGAAAAUAAUAUGGAUUUAAAAACAAAUUCUCAACCUGAAGGUCAUACCACAGAAUUGGAGCCUCCAACCAGAGAUGAUAUUGGAAGGACAGAAUUGCAGAACAACGAGGAUGUAAUUGUUGCAGAUAGUGUCUUAAGCUUAACCCAAGAGGAUUUCAGCUUCAGGUGUUUACGUAGUGUUUUGAAUAAUUACUUGGAUCAACAGGAUGUCCAAGAAACUCCUGUAGAAAGAUUCAAACAAAAUGCUGAUCUCGAUGAAACCAUUGAUCAGUCUCAGAGGCAAGCAGAAACUUUUUUCAAGGAAGAAAUUUCAGAGAAUGGGCUUCCUAGUGAGCAUUAUGAUAUACUGUAUCCCAACAAAGAUGAGACUAACAAAAUGGAGACUACAUGUGGAUAUCAACUGGAACUGCAGAAUGUUUUUGUGGUUGGAAGCAUUAACCAUGUGAGCAGUGACAAGAAUAACUCAUAUAACCCAUUUGUUACAGAAAUGGAUCAUGUGCCUACUGCUGAAAAAGAAUAUAGUCUUCUCACCAUACUCGAGGACGAACCAAACACAAAUGAACACAGUAAAGCUGGUUUGUGCCAUGAUGAUGAAGAAAUCCUUAAAACUGAGGAAUGCUCUGAAUCAAAAAUUGAUGUGCGAUCUUUUAUUGGAAAACCUGGCAAUGAUUAUGACUCAAAAACUAGUGAUAGAUCUGGAGUUGCUCCUAGCAUCUUUUAUCAGUCUUCAAAAGAGGAAGAUGUUCAUGACAAAUCUAUGCAACAAAAUGAGUUUUAUAUUGAAAUGGUAGAUUACUCGAUCAAUUCAAACAGCCAAACCGGCAACAUUGAUGCAGUUUCAGAAUCUGUUCCAGAUGGAGCAAUACCAUCCUUGAGUAGUGCAAUGGAGGAAGGGUCCAAUUUUGAUGCAGAAGUUUCACCACCCACAGAUUCUCUCGUCACUAGGGAUCUACACACUUCUGAUCCAACAACAGAAGGUGCUACUCACAAAAGCAAUCUCGAUCACAAUGAUACAUUGGAAGAACCUUCUGAUCCAGCAGCAGACUCUCUCGCCACUAAGGAUCUACACACUUCUGAUCCAGCAACAGAAAGAACUAUUCACAAUCUCGAUCACAAUGAUACAUUGGAAGAACCUUCCUUGAUACCCCUUGUGGAGCCAGAGCAGAAAUCAGAUUCUAUUGAGAACAAAUCAGUCCAUGAUUCCAAAGAUGAACCGGAAGGAAGAAAUAUCAAAGACGAGAACACUGCCGGCAAAGUGCCAGACUCGAAUGCUGGAAAACCACAUGUUAUGCUGAAGAAUCUCCUUGCUGAAGCAGAACUUGAGAGUAAACAGGAGGCAACCGGCAGCCAAGGGUACAAUGCAUCACCGUCGUCCAAGAGAAGUUGUGGGGGUUCACAAGAUGAUGGACAAUCACUGAGAACAGCAAUAUCCGAUGGGCCCCUCGAUACUCAAGCAGAUCACAGGGAAUGGAACUCUCCUGCUAGGCUCCCUGUGACCAAGCAUGAGAAGAAGAAAGCAAAAGGAAGGCAAUCUUGGGUACCAUUCAUUUGCUGUCCCUCUGUGAACUGAGUUCAUAUGCAGGAAAUGGAACAUUGUUGUCAUUCUCUAUCCUAUUUCUAUCGAAAAUGAGAUAUCAAGAUAUUGCAACUUAGUUGUAAGUAUUAGACCUAGAUAACAUGAUACUCUUCUUUUCGCUUUGUUUUUUUGUAAAAUCCAGUUGAUAAUUCACUCCAUUGUUAUUUGGCAUCA